GCCACAGUGUUGCAGAUGAGAGAAUGCACAGCAUCCCGUCGGACAAGCAGAGCUACUGAAACUCACCACACCAGAAACACGCCGAGCAGAGCGGCACUGCUGCAGAGACACCACCAUUUCACCUGUAUUGUCUGGAGAUUCCAUCGACAUAAAUGCUGCCAGAAUUGCCACCGCCUUUGGAAAACAGCCAAACUGUAAAGAUGAUGGCCGUGCUGGAGAAAUGGGAGGCUUCCGGCCUUCACACAAACAACAACGAGAAGUAUUUCUGGCUUUUACUUUUCAAGCUGGGACUGGACGUGGCUGUCUUCUACGCAUGCUGCCCAAAACAGUAUACCUUCUUUUUAAAUGUGAGCAGCCUGUCCAUUGUAGUGGCUGACUUUCUUCUUACAUUUUUUAUGGGUGCCGUGUGGCUUCUUGGAACCGAGGGAUCUUUUGCGUCAGCUUGCCUCCUCUUGGGCAAAGCCUCGGCAACAUAUGGAGUGCUCCCGCUCCCCAUGGUAGGCCUGGGCUUAAUAGACUACUGUUUCCACAACACCUUUUUGAUCAACCACACGGCGCUCAGCAAGCUGCUCAAGAAUGUGAUCUUGACAAUGCUGGUAUGGAUGACAGCUCUCGUUUACUCUUUUGGCUUCUUCCACUCGGAGCCGAUGCGAGUGAGUUACAUGACGGAGAUCAAGGUGUUGGUCUGUAAGGUGGAAGAGUCAACAGCAAUCACCGUCAUCGUUUUGGGACUUUUUACUGUGACGUUUUUCAUGAUGCUGCCAUUUUGCUCAAGGAUUCCCCAGUGGGUGAAAGAGGCUGACAAGAUCUAUGAAGCUCGUGAGGAACGGGAGAAAACGACAAGCGACCUCUUCGUCACGUCAACCUGGAACAGAAACAACCCAGAAACAACCGGCAAGGAGGAGCAACUCCUCGAGAAGCAUGUCUGGAUGCGGCCGCCUCUGUGGUCCAGUCUUUUGCUGGGCUUUCUGAUAUUUUGGAUGCCGUAUCUUGUUGUGACCGUAUCCUGUCUGCUCUGUGGCUUUGCCGUACCUGCAUACAUCUCUGUCAACCUUCUGUGGCUGGAGUGCACCAACAGCUUCCUGGUUGGACUCAUCUUCUGGGUAAAGAGCAAUAUUAGGGGCCCGUACAUUCACUUACCAGAGAACGUGUGCUCGUGGCAGAUUUACUGGCAACUGAGCAAAGGCACAGCACAACCUGAAGCCCCUAUAGCCGUGCUUAACCCACCACAGGUAAACAAAAAGGCUUUGCUCUACGUGUAAGGAAACACCAAACGAAUGCUGACUUGACUGCCUCC